UUAAGAUAAGUUGGUCGUCGGCCAUUGCUGUAUUUUACGAAGUUUUGCUCAGGAAUAUCAGCCAAAAACUCACCAUGCCGGACCAUUUAGGCGGUGAUAUGAGAAAAGUAAAGAAAGAGGAAGAAAAGGAAGAUAAACCAAUUCAAGCACUUGACGAGGGUGAUAUCGCACUCCUGAAAACAUAUGGAGCUGGUCCUUACACAACACCAAUCAAAACAGUUGAAGAUGACAUCCAAAGUUCAAUCAAAAAGGUCAACGAACUUGCAGGAAUCAAGGAGUCCGAUACUGGAUUGGCCAAUCCAGCGUUAUGGGAUCUGCAGGCUGAUAAACAGACGCUACAGAGUGAACAGCCUCUACAGGUUGCAAGAUGCACCAAAAUCAUCAAUGCUGACUCAGAGGAUGCCAAGUACAUCAUCAACGUCAAACAGUUCGCUAAGUUUGUUGUGGAUCUCCAUGACAAUGUGGCGCCCACAGACAUUGAGGAAGGCAUGAGAGUAGGAGUUGACAGAAACAAGUACCAGAUCCACAUUCCACUUCCUCCAAAGAUCGACCCAACAGUCACAAUGAUGCAGGUUGAGGAGAAGCCAGAUGUGACGUACUCCGAUGUCGGGGGUUGCAAGGAACAGAUCGAGAAGCUGAGGGAGGUCGUUGAGACACCUCUUCUUCAUCCCGAGAAGUUUGUGAAUCUCGGAAUCGAACCCCCAAAAGGUGUCCUCCUGUACGGUCCACCAGGGACGGGUAAGACGCUGUGUGCCAGGGCGGUUGCUAAUCGCACAGAUGCCUGCUUCAUCAGGGUUAUUGGAUCUGAGCUCGUCCAGAAGUACGUCGGCGAGGGAGCGAGGAUGGUACGAGAGCUGUUUGAGAUGGCAAGGACCAAGAAAGCCUGUCUCAUCUUCUUUGAUGAAAUUGAUGCCAUUGGAGGUGCGAGAUUUGACGACGGCGCAGGAGGAGACAAUGAAGUCCAACGCACCAUGUUGGAGCUGAUCAACCAAUUGGACGGAUUCGAUCCCCGUGGCAACAUCAAGGUUCUCAUGGCAACCAACAGGCCUGAUACCCUCGACCCCGCCUUAGUCAGACCAGGACGGUUGGAUCGUAAGGUGGAGUUUGGUCUGCCAGAUUUAGAGGGACGGACACACAUCUUCAAGAUUCAUGCUCGCUCAAUGAGUGUAGAGAGAGACAUCCGAUAUGAGCUGCUAGCUCGACUCUGUCCAAACUGCACAGGUGCUGAGAUUCGUAGCGUCUGUACCGAGGCUGGAAUGUUUGCAAUCCGCGCCAGAAGAAAGGUGGCGUCCGAGAAGGACUUUAGAGAGGCCAUCAACAAAGUCAUCAAAGCAUACGCUAAAUUCAGUUCCACUCCGCGUUACAUGACGUACAACUAAGUUAUUGAAAGCAGAAUUACAUGUAGAGAGCUAUUUAGCUCCAAACUAACAAAGAACUUAAAACUUCAUUUGUAAAAAGUGUCUUUUUAAAAAAGUUUGAUGCCCAAAAUGUUUAACCCUCACGGAGCGUCUCAAGGUUUAAUCGAGAGGAGCUUUUUGAUUGGAUCGUUAAGUAUUCCAGUGGGCAUACACACGCACAUGAAUACCUGCAUACCUGAACCGGUCCGUUUGACCACCCAAAGAUUUUUGGAAUAUUAAAAAAUGCUAAUAAUGUGUAUUUACUAGUGUAGGAAUGUUGUCGGAGUUCGGCACAAUGUCGCAGUCCAGCAGAACGAUCUGGAUUGCGGGCAUACACCUACAAGAAAAGGCUUUUCUCCCCUAGAAUGUGUCUUGACUUUUGAGACACUCACUAAGGCCAUGUGACCAUUGCAGGAAGUUUAUAUUUAAGUGAAUUUGGUAAUCAAAGCCUGGGGAAAGUUGUGGUUCACUGGUUUCGUUUUACACUUCAAGCAGACUCAUGAAGGACCCUUACAAACAGGAAUGCUACUUUGCAUUCAAAUUGAUUUUCUCAGCUUGGCAGACCCGGGGGUGUGGGGGGGGUUGGAGUUUUGUCUGCGAUUGUACAAAAAUGUCUUAAAGGAACAUGUGUGUAACCGUUUGUUAUGAAAUGCACAUGGGUAGAAAGAUGUUGUAAAAGUAGAAUACAAUGAUCCACACAAACAACAGCCACACAAAUCCACACAGCCUCGAAAUUGCACGGUUUUCCUUUUACCUCGUCGACUUACACGGUCGGCCAUUAUGGGAGUCAAA